AUGUCAUCCUGGGUCGUAGAACUAUCUGAAUUCAACAUUCGUUACGAACCACAUGGUCCCAUCAAAGCUCAAUGUCUCUUCGACUUUGUCAACGACCUUCAACACACCCCUGAGGAAGACCAAUGGACGCUUUAUGUAGACGGUUCGUCAAACCCAAAGGGUGCAGGAGUCGACAUCGUCUUGGAAGGCCCCAACGAAAUCCUCAUCAAAAAAUCUCUCCACUUCGCCUUCAAAACCUCCAACAACCAAGCUGAAUAUGAGGCCAUCCUAGCUGGCCUAUCCUUCGCAUGCAGAGUUGGCGUCAAAAUGCUCACAUGCAAGACCGAUUCCAAACUCACUAUAGGCCAUCUGAACGAAGAAUUCCAAAUCAAAGACCCUACUCUCCUACAAUACUAUCACCUAGUUCGCAACGUCAUCAAAUCUGCUUUUGAUCGUGUAUGCAUCCAACACAUCCCCAGAAGUGAAAAUGUAAGGGCCAACAUCUUAUCUAAACUAGCCAGCACUAAGCUGAAAAGCAGGCACAGAUCCCUCCUACAACAAACGUUAUCCGCACCAUCUAUAACACACAUUUGCCUCAACGUGGACAAUGCUGAAAACUGGACAACUCCGUACAUCCAAUACCUCAAAACCGAUAACCCCCCACCCGAUGCUGACAAGGGCUGGUUGGCUAAAGCCGCAAGGUAUAUGAUGAUAAGUGACGACUUAUACAAGCGCGAAUAUGGUCAACCACUUCUCAAAUGCGUCACAGCGGACCAAGCCCAAUACAUAAUAAGAGAAUUGCAUGAAGGCAUAUGCGGAUAUCACUUUGGCACACGAACCAUGACCACGAGAAUACUCAGAGCCGGCUACUUCUGGUCAACUAUGGAAGCGGAUUGCCACACCUUCGUCAAAAAAUGCAUACCAUGUCAGAAACAUGGAAAAGGGCAAGUAAAAUUCCUCAUAGUAGCCAUCGACUACUUCACCAAGUGGAUAGAAGCCAAACCUUUAGCCACCAUCACAACUCAACAAGUCCAACAGUUUGUCUGGAAAGAUAUUAUAUGCCGCUAUGGCGUGCCCCACACGAUCAUAACCUACAAUGGCCGACAAUUCAUAGACAAAGAGCUAGCUAAAUUCUAUAUUGGCCUCGACAUCAAGCACAAAACUAGCUCUGUAGGAUACCCGCAGACCAAUGGCAAAGCUGAAGCCGCCAACAAAGUUAUACUAGUGGAAUUACGAAAAUGA